UUCGACACUCUCGAAUGUUAAUUUAAAACAGAAAUUCACCAACUUUUGUUCUUGUUCCUCUUCUUCCUCGUUUUCUCCGAAGAAACCAAAAUUUUCGCAGUUUCGCUCUGAAGAAAUGGCCACUCUAUCAAAUUCUAUCGCUAUGCCGAUAAAUCAACAAACCCAUUUUCUCUCAGGUUCCUUGUUGAAGCCAGUUGAUAAAUCCUUCUUGAAAAUGAGCUGCACUGAACAGUUUCCAAGCUCCUCUGUUAAAGCUAAAGCAUCACGUAACUUGUCGGUAAUAGUUCGAGCAAGUGGCGAUGAUGGAAGAUCAAGUAAUGGAAGUAUUUUUGUUGGUGGCUUUGUAUUAGGGAGCCUAAUUGUUGGAGCAUUGGGAUGUGUUUAUGCACCUAAGAUAAGCAAGGCACUGGCUGGAGCUGAAGGUAAAGAAUUAAUGAAGAAACUUCCAAAGUUUAUUUAUGAUGAAGAAAAGGCUCUGGAGAAGACUCGCAAGAUGCUAUCCGAGAAAAUAGCACAACUGAAUUCCGCCAUAGACGGUGUUUCUGCAAAUUUGCGAUCAGAUGAAGACAAAAAUGAAUCUGCAGUGGUCUCAGAGGAAAUUGGAGCUUCGAACUAAUAAAUCAAUUUAGGGAUAUAUAAGCACACAUUUUCACCUUUUUAUUGUUGCUUAUUGAAUUUGAAGUUUUACAAGUGAAAUUUUCUAAGCUGAAUUAACUAUUUAUUUUUAUAAUAUGGUUGCAUGUGUUAAUCCAAACACACUUGAUUGGUUAUGAGAAAAUGACAAGCACUAAUCAUGCAUGAUUGAUUCCUAA